UAACAUUCCUUUUAACUGUAGUUAGUGUUAACUUUGCUAAGAAUUAUAUAACAUUUGGUAAACUAGUGAUCCUGCUGUUUGUUGACAGCAAUUGACUUUUCAGUUGCGUGCUUGACCCAGGUGAAACUAGAGCUUCUUUUUUCCAGUUUUAGUUUUGGAGUUGAAACAAGAUACAGUAAAACUGGGUCUAUCUAUUGUUGACUGCAGUUAGUUUUAAGGAUUUGGCUCUAUGCUCUCUCUUAUGUUUGUGAUACUUGACAGUGUUUAACAAUAGAUCUUUAUGCCAUUAGGGACAAAGAAAUAUUGCUUGUGCUAUAAGUCAAUUAGUUCUUUUAAGUCAAACUCUGUACAAGGCUGAGCAAUUCUCUCAACUUGUGUAUAUUGAACUUACCAAGUCAGUAUGAUGGAUGUUUUUGUUUUUAGACAAGUUUCGCGGUCACCACAUAGCAAGCAUUCUCAGCGCAGGCAUUCUCCUUACUCUUCUCUUGAUACUACUAGCACCAGGGGAAGGAGGUCAAGAUCCAGAUCACCUGCACGUCGACAGAGAUGAUUAGAUCAAAGAAUAUCUCACAAGUUGCUAUGGUAAUUGGAGCAAAUACAUUUUCUUGUUGGAGGUACCUUGACCUUCAAAUUGGAGAGACUACUGCAAAUCUGCUCAACACUGCAGGGUGGAGGCAGUUGAUGAAUGUACUUAAUUACUCCGUUGCAGAGUGGAUGAAUGCCUAGCAGAAAUUUAAUGGUCUCAUGCAAUUACAUUUUGGGAUGAUGGCAUGCAGCAUUAUAUUGAAUGCCUUUGAAGAUGUUCAAAUAGUACCCGCAUCUCAGUAUAUUUUUCCUCCCUAGUUAUGAUCCAUUCUCAGCUUUUACAGCUGGAGGCCUGUAGUUUCUGUGGUCACUAUGUAACAAUACAGUGCAGUAGCGAGCCAAAAAAGUGCCUACCAUCUUUCCGGUAUGAUACUGCAAGUUCAGGUCCGGUUUUGCUUCACUUGCUCUGUCAACUUAGGAUGACCUUGUGUGAGAAAAUUUGAAACUUUUUUUGGGUUAGUUAGUCCUUAGUCGUUGCAUUUCCGAGUGAAUUGAUGAUUGCCAAUAUACUAUAGAGUUUUGGAUUGAAAUUUAAAAUCAGUUCAAGAGUUCGGAAAUUAUAUUGUGGAAGAUAUUUCAUUU